AGCAAUAAUAAUACUAACAAUAACAAUAACAACAACAACAACAACAACAACAAAAGCAAAAACGAAAACAACACCAAAUUCUCAUCACUAAUCUAUGUUAUGUUUUUAUGCUUGUGCUUAUGUAUGUAACAUAAUAAUAACUAUGAAUUGGAUUAUUGUGGCCAUAGUGUUGCUAAUGACUCAUAAAGAGUAUAUGGCCAGUCCGACGCCCCUUAAACUACCAGGACACACACAAAAGUUAACACCCUACAUUAGGCAUUGGGAAGCAGCAAAUUUCGACAGACGUCAAUUGCAUGAGGCUCAUGAAAAGCACAUCGAACAGAAGCGGCAUCGAAGAAAACGAGCUUUAAAUAUCGGCGAAUAUGGGCCGGCGCACACAAUAAGACUGAAUUUCUUCGCUCAUGACAGAGAAUUUCGUUUGAUUUUGCGACAAGAUCCCUUAUCAGUGUUCGCCAAUGAUGUUCGCAUAGAAACUACAGAAGGUCCUAUGGAUUACGAUAUAUCUCGUGUUUAUACCGGAUCAUUAGAAGAUGACGAAAACUCGCAUAUACACGCCAUCCUAACCAAUGAUAAUUUAUUGGAUGGCACAAUUGAAACAAAUACCGAUCACUUUUAUAUUGAACCAUCGCAAAGGUAUUCGAGAAAUUUAAAUGAUACGGGUAUACAUAGCAUUAUCUAUAGGCUAAGUGAUGUAGAUAUGCGUCGACGUGAUGCUUUUAUGAAAUCGAAAAAAAGAACUUCAUCCUCGAUUGCCUCCGUGGAACAUUGCGCCAGUGAACGUUUAAAACGUAGUAUACUCUUGGAUGAAUUGAAACGUCGAAUAGCUAAUGGUGAGGAGAUACGAUUAUAUAACUUUCAAGCCGAAGCCGAAGCAUUUAACGUAAGCAUGAAUGAUGACUACCGGCAGCACAAAAGUGAACGUUUAAAAGGCCAUUCAAAGGGAACAGCAAACUGUUCACAUCGACGAUUUAAAAGAUGGCUGCCAGAAGAGCUGAGUUCAUCCGGUGAUGGCAAUAAGAAUGAUCCACCACUGCCCUUAGACUUGGAAGUACCGUAUAAUGAUGAUUUUUCAAUUUUUGCCAACAUGGAUAAUGGCCAUGGCUAUGCAACGACGUCAACAUCCGUCAGCGGGAAUAGGUUUAAUAAGAGCAAUGAUAAAUUGCGUACAACGCAACAAGCAUCUGUGAUAACAUGGCGUAAUGCAGCAGUGUCCACCAUCACGCCGACGUCAUCGACGCCAUCGUCUUCGUCGAAUAAAUACAAUCGCAGUCGUAAUAUUAUUGUUAACAACUACAAUCCCAAUAGCAAUGAUGACAGCAACAAUUCAUAUAACUAUAAUAACAACAACAACAAUAAUAAUAAUAAUAAUAACAAUAAUAUACGAAAAACUUAUACAAAACAUAAAAAUAUUAUUGUUAGUACCUAUAACAAUAACAAUAACAACAACAACAACAAUAAUAGUUCCCGAUCACCUUCCUCCUAUGAUCGUGUCGAUGAUUUCAACGACACGCCACAAAAUGUUGGCAACGGCUUCUUCAACAACAAUUGGACAACAAUUUUCAUGGGCGGCAAUGAUCGUCCUAUACAUAAGACUCACGUAGAAAUUAUUACAAAAAAUGGUGCCACCAAAAAACCCAACAUUAUAGUUAACAAUUACAAUCCGGAUAUAGUUAUGUCACCUAAUCCUCAUAAUCCGAAUUUCAAUAGCAUGCUAAUGACAAAUUUGCUAACAAAUCGGGGCGGUAGCAAUAAUGGUGAUGCUGGCGAUAAUACUGGUUCCGGCAAAUCAUUGUACGAUCGCAAGAUUACGUGUAUGUUAUAUUUGCAAGCCGAUCAUACUUUUUUCCAGAAAAUGGGUUCUGACGAGGCCAGUAUUGAGGCCAUUACGCGGCAUGUACAGCGAGCUAAUUCCAUAUACAAGAAUACGGAUUUCAAUAACGAUGGCAAACCGGAUAAUAUUACGUUUAUGAUAAAACGAAUUAAAGUUCAUAACAUGAAUGCUGUUAAAGAUCCUUCCUAUCGGUUUCCCGGUAAUUAUGGCGUUGAAAAAUUUUUGGAAUUAUUUUCAGAGGAAGACUACGAUGCAUUUUGUUUGGCGUACAUGUUUACUUAUCGUGACUUCGAGAUGGGAACGUUGGGUUUAGCUUGGACGGGAGAUUUGAAAAAUGCCGGCGGCGUAUGCGAAAAGAAUGGGCAUUAUCGGGGUUCAUUAAAAUCGUUGAAUACCGGUAUUGUGACUUUACUCAAUUAUGGAAAACAUGUGCCACCCGCUGUAUCUCACGUUACUUUAGCUCAUGAAAUUGGCCACAAUUUUGGAUCACCGCAUGACCCUGAGCAAUGUACCCCUGGUGGCGAGGAUGGUAAUUAUAUAAUGUUUGCUCGCGCGACCUCUGGCGAUAAGAAGAACAACAAUAAGUUUUCACCUUGUUCGCUAAAAUCAAUUGAGCCGGUACUUAAUGCUAAGGCUCGCAGUCCGAAAGGUUGCUUCACUGAGCCGCAAACAUCAAUAUGCGGUAACGGUGUUGUUGAGCCGGGAGAACAAUGCGAUUGCGGUUGGGAAGAGGAUUGCAAAGAUUCUUGUUGUUUCCCCAUGUCACGGCAUUCGCGUAGCGAUGAGAAACCCUGCACUCUCACGCCGAAGGCUAUGUGCAGUCCCUCUCAAGGACCUUGUUGCACUGCUAAUUGCAAGCUUAAGUUCGGUGAUAAAUGCCGCGAUGACAACGGUUGCCGUGAUCCUAGUUUUUGUGAUGGGCGCAUGCCGCAAUGUCCACCGUCGGUGAAUAAACCGAACAAGACGAUAUGCAACAAAGAGUUUGUGUGCUACAUGGGUGAAUGUACGGGCAGUAUAUGUUUGGCUUAUGGCUUGGAAUCGUGCCAAUGUAUACCCGGACCCAAGGAUGAUAAAAUCAAAUCGUGCGAGCUAUGCUGCAAAUUACCGGGUGAAGAGAACCCUUGUCGUAGUUCAUUCGAAUGGAAUGAGCCACCAUUUGAUGUGCCCGACAUGUACGCCAAGCCAGGGACACCCUGCAAUGAUUACAAUGGUUAUUGCGAUGUCUUCCAGAAAUGUCGUGAAGUUGAUCCCUCCGGUCCCUUGGCUACUUUACGUAAACUGCUCUUAUCUGAAGAGAGUAUUGCAACAUUUAAAAAAUGGAUUCAACACAAUUGGUAUACUGUCGUUCUGGCCGCCGUGGGGGUUUUUAUAUUACUGAUACUGAGCACGAAAUUAUUAGCGAAACGUUCGAAUCUAAAAUUGAAGUCCGUCACUAUAAUACACAGCGCAACAACCGAAACUGUACGUCUGCCCGAAGACAACAACGGCGUUAUCGUACAUACGGCCGUGCGUACAAAAGUCCCGUUCAAAAAGAAGGUAAGAGGGGAACGCAACGCCAAUUCCAACAACAACGGCAGCAGCAGCAACAACAACAACAACAACAAUGGUAACAAAUCUAAAUUCGCAGUAGUUAGCGGCAGUAAAAAUCCGCUGAAAUUCCAUAACAAUCAUAUAAGGGGUGUAACUAAAAUGAAAACUGCGGCCUCAAUAGGGGUAACUGGAGCGAUGACUGGUAGUGGGGGUAGCACCGGUAAUGAUAUUAAAAAAGCCACACGCAAUAAAAAGAAACGAGCAACUGCUCAAAAUAUCGUUAAUCCCUUAUUGGGUCAAACUGAUAAACCUGCUCAAACAGAAAGUGGUGGAAAAACGAAAUCGAAAAAGCUUAAAAAAUCAAGCAAAGAGAUAAUCGAUUAUUCCUCGACUAGGGGGGGAGGUAGCAGCGGUCUAGAUAUGGGAGUUAAUCAUACAAAUACCUUUGGUAAAGUACAAAAAUGGUUACUAGAAUCACCUAUAGUUGCUCAGCCUCUGUCUCAUAUCGAGCACUCCUCGAAAGUGCACAAAGUGAUAAGUAAAUCGCAAUCAACACCGGAACGUCUGGUACAGAAAACACCCACCAAGAGUAAAUCUACGGGUAAUUUAAACAACGAAAAGGUUAAGCUUCAAGUAGUCUAUAAACCACCGUUCAAGUUCGCUUUGAGGUUAUCGAAAAAUACUAAAAUCAAAACCCACAUUAUUGGUAAUCCGGCCAGCAAUACUAAUAAAUUUAAACGCCAUUCACGUUCGAUUAAUAUGAAAGAUAGCAAAAGAUGUGCUAAUAGUCUGAGAGAUGAUGCUGGCCAUGGAAGUGGCCCUGGUGGUACAAACAGUAGCGGCGGAGGUAGUGGCGUGAAAAGUUUAAGUGAGAAAACAAAACGUGCAGCUUUACUGCUGCGUUCCAAUAAUAAUGAAGACAAUCAAAUAUUAACUUUAAACGAACCUAACUAUGAGACCUUAAAUCCUAAAACGGCUCCUUCCAAAAUGGAAAAUCCCUUCUAUGAGAACUUGAAAUUCCUGCAAAGCACAGAAAAACGCCACAGUGAUCCUAAUGUAGAGUCAUCUUCCACAACGACGAACAAUAGCAAUAGUCAAGCCACAGCUGAUCCGGCAGCAGUGAAACGAAGUUCCAGUAAAUCAAAAAUGGAUAUAAUUCAGGGCUCAACAGCUACCACCAGUCAUCAUCAUUUUCAGCGUUCCUUAAGUUCUAGUAAUCCGUUUGCGAGCGAUUGUAUGCGUUCCUCUCGCAAAUUUAGCGAAACUAAUGCCAACGAAUUAUCUCGUAAUUUUGGCAGCACGCAAAACUUAAUACCGAGCGGGCAUCAAACAAAUUUAACAAAAUCAAAAAAACGCAGCAGCCUCAACUUGAAGACGAGCAUAACGAAAAAUGGUAAAGAUCCACCAACCAAACGAAGUAAUUCGAAUAUGCAUUUGCGAAGAAAUAGCGCCAGCAAUGGUGCCGAGGUUAGCAAACUACAAAGUAAUCAUAAUAAAGUAACGCAAUCGCAAUCGCAUUCGCAAGCCCUAAAACGUAGUAUAAGUAACAAUGCGCAACAGUCGUCCACCCAUGUUUUAGCCAAAACAUUGUCCUCUAACUGUCAAGCGCCAAGUUCAGCCAUUACACAACUGCCCCUGUACAAUGCUCAGCGUGCGACGCGUUCUAGUUUUAGCAAUAUACCCAGAGCUAGUCUUACACUCGCAACUAAUAUAUUAGCAAGUGCUGCGAGUACGGUUAGUAACGGACACUCUUCUACCUCUGCUGCCAACAGUAACGGCAGCAAUAGCAUAGGCUGUGCUGCAGGCAGUAAUACUCCGGCCAAUCUCAUCAACAACAGCAUUAAUAAUUUCCAUUUAACCACGCCAGCGUCCAUAGCCCAGGUAAUGCAGUCCGCCGAACAAAGGCGAGCACGAAAUAAUUUAAAUCAAACAAUGCCAGGAGUACAACAACACUAUCAACAACAACAACAACAACGUUCCAAUUCGAUAAGACAGCAUGCCCAUAAUCAUCAUCCGCCACCACUGCCUAUAUCAGCUAUAUCAACAUCAAUAUCUUCAACAACAGCAACGACAACAACAACAACAACAGCAGCAGCAGCAUCAAAUAUUAGCCAUAAUAGUAAUGAUUUAACCUCGGACUUGGAGGUUUUAGUAUCCGAUAUAGAAAAUCUAGUUAGUUAGUCAAGAGCUUUGAAAAAAGUUAUUUCAUUUUUCGAUUAUUUAACAUGAAACGAUCCGCGUUUAACACGUUACAUAUUAAUACUAGACACACACACACACACACUUGCGGACGCGCUUGCGCGGAUCUACACGUACACUUGCACAUUAACAUUUAAAAAGUAUUGAACUUCCUAAACAAACAACAACAACAAAAAGAAAGAAAAAAAGA